AUGUCGGUUUGGGGGAAGAAUGGGAUACCGGGGCUUCGAACUUUGACAGUAUCUUGCCCUCGAGUUACUUCAUGUUCAAUGCGACCUUUCUCCGUUCUCAACCGCCCGCGGCCAAAUUAUCCUACACAUAUCCCAUUGACGACCAUUGAGCGUGGUGCUCUUGCAUUAGGUUCAGCAAUUGGAUCGUUGAUAAAUCCUCGAAGAGCAGACUUAAUUGCCGCACUUGGUGAAGCAACGGCGACCCCAUACUUUAUAUAUCGUCUUCGUAACGCAAUGCUCUCCAAUCCAACAGGCCGCCGCAUCCUCCGUGACCGCCCCCGCAUCACGUCAGACACCCUACAACUCUCAUACCUCCGCACCCUCCCCGAGAACUCGGUUGGCCGGACAUACGCGGCAUGGCUUGAUCGUGAGGGUGUAUCACCAGAUACUCGCGAUCAGGUCCAAUACAUUGAUAACGAAGAAUGUGCCUAUGUUAUGCAGCGAUAUCGUGAAUGUCAUGAUUUUUACCAUGCAGUCACGGGGCUUCCGGUCUUUGUAGAAGGCGAGCUCGCGCUCAAGGCACUCGAGUUCUUGAACACACUUCUUCCGAUGACAGGAUUAAGCCUCUUUGCUUUUAUUCGGAUGAAGCCUGCUGAGAAGGAGCGUUUUAUUCGGUUGCAUCUACCGUGGGCGGUACGUAGUGGACUUGGGAGUAAAGAGCUAAUCAAUGUUUAUUGGGAGGAGGUUCUGGAAAAAGAUGUUGACAAGUUGCGGGCAGAGCUGAAUAUUGAGCGCCCGCCAGAUCUCAGAGACAUUAGGAAGCUGAUUCGGCAGCAGCAGAAGCGUGAGAAAAAUAGUCAGAAGCAGCACAUGCCAAGUCAUCAAUGA